AUGCGCAUGUGGCUCAACGGUGAGUCCGCCGAGCAGAUGGCACAUGCCAGAGCCAUCAAGGCAGCUGGGGGCGUGUCCCUCAAUCCCGAGGACGGCAACGACACAAGCCGGGACCAGGCGUGGCCGCUGAACCCAACCGGCAGGGUAAAGUGUGCCGACAAGUACGUGCUCAUCACGACGGUCCUUUGGAUGGCCCCCAAGAUCAUGGUCUUGGCGCUGCCCAUGCUGAUAUUACACGUGCCUCCCAUGCUGGUUGUACGGUGCACCAUUGCUUCAGUCCCAGAUGGCACAGAGCGCAUUCGACGGACCAGGGGUUUCUACGCUGUGUUCACCCUAACAUUCGCGCUCUCGCUUCCGGCGAUGCUUUUGGCAUUCGUUUCCCUGAUACUCGAUUACAUCGUUUACUACAUAUUCUCGAUCCUCUACAUGGUGUGCCUGUGGCGUUGGAAGCAGACGUGUGCGAGUUUCGAGAAGAUUCGGCCCUAUCGUAAUGGCCCGUCGAUCCUCCUCCACCUUCCAGACUUCUUUGUCUGCGCCAUGGGCCAGUGCUCCCGUCAGGCGCUAGGCGAGACGCUCUACAUGAUCGCCUGCAUGUGGCUCCUGAUGCCCUGGCUCAAGUACUACAUGAACUGCAACCCUUUCGUCUACGACCUGGACAGCAGGCUCUGCCAGCAGAUCAGCACUACGAUGGAGGACCUGGGGACGGAGGACCAGUGGUGCGCCACUGCGCGGAGCAUCAUCUCGCGCGCCCGGCAGACGAGGGCACAGGCGGACCGCGUCGACAUUUGGAGUUUCGUGCCCCAUUACCCGUACCCACCGCUCGACCGACGCUGGGCCCUUGGCUUGCAGGCCGGAGGCGGAGAAUACCCGGGGAAGUUCACGCUCAUCGUGCACACCACCCACGCCAUCAUCGAGGCGGGGGGCUCCACGGAGCAGUUCGUGAUCUCGAACAGCACGGUGUGCCCGUGCUACCGCGUGAUGCUGUGCAACCCGUACCACUUCCUCACGGGCUGGGUCGAGGCGUCCCAGUCCACCGGGAGGCCCUCGGAGCCCGAGAAGUUCCGCGGCGGCGAGCACCCGAUGUGGCUCGUCACGGCGCGGGACUCGGAGAUGGUCUCGCACCGCGAUUCCUUCACAGGUUCGGGGAUGAUCGACGCAUUCUUUGAUUAUUGGCUGCCUGCGUUUGUGCACGAGAUGCGCUACGACCACCACCGAUACACACUAGGAAAGAGCCGCGAGGAGGCCGAGAGGGAAGCCCACGCGAAGUAUCAGGAGGUGUGCUCGAAGGACGGAGUAUCGAAGCCAGACGAUCGCAUUGGCUUGGAUAAGUACGGAGACAAUUGCACCGCCGCAGACUACAAAAAGAUUGCGAGGCUGCAAGGUCCGCCCGCUUUCGGGCGCGCGGGACCCAGGAUGGCGCGGGAUGGCGCGGAGUGCGCGCCAAUGCGUUCGGCGGCCCAGCGUGCUGCGGGACGGCAGUGGGCUAAGUGGUCCGCCGACAUCGCCGUGCGGCGGCUGACGGGCGAGUUGGGGAGGACUCGGGCCCGUCUGGAGGCCGCGGAGCAGGCCUUGGGCGCGGUCAUCGGGGAUGACGAGGUGGCCCACAGGCUGCAGGCGAUGCUCCCCGCGCUGCAGGCCACGCUGGGAGGGUGGACCCCAUCCUGGCUCGAGCGCCUGCGCCGCAACGUCGCCCUCCAUGCCGAGGCGCUGGGCAUGGACAUCGUGGCGGCCAGCGCGGCGGAGCUACGUUCUGCGCAGCGGGGACCCCGGCUGGAGCGGCGCGCGGCGGCCGAUGGCGCGCUGAGGGCGGAUGCGCCCCCCUUCGUCCCCCUCGGCCCCAUCGGCGCUGGCGCGCCCGGCGGCGGCGUGCCCCACACGCCGCACGACGCCAACCAGCUGCUGGCGGACCUCAUCGCCUACGCCGCCCCCAUGCAGGAGGCGCUUCUCGGCGAGGGUUGCCAGCACGCGCAGACCGACGGCAUCGACACGGAGCUGGAGGCCGCCGACGGCGGGAGCGGCGGGCCGCAGCUCGGUGGCCCCCAGGGCGCUGCGGCCGCCCGCGCCCGCGACCUUGCCGAGCUCCACGACGCCUUCGUGGAGGAGGUCUUCGUGUCGGCGAACGAGGCCUUCGGCGUCCAGGACGACCUGAACCAGCGGAUGGCUGAUCUGGCGGCGGAGCUCGGCGGCGAGGCCGACUCCAGGUACGCCGCCGCGGCGGAGCCCGGCCCUGGGACAGGUGGAUUCAGCCCACCGAAGUCGCAGUCCCAGGGUCGCGGCGAGUUCGUGAAGCCGCACGACGCGGAGGUGAACGCUGCUGGCAUCGCGGAGCUCGACGCGCUGCGUGCCGCUGCUGGGGGCACGGCGCUGGUGCACGGCAGCGGCGCGCGGGCCCGCGGCGGGUUCGCCCAGGAGGCCGCCCUGAGCGGCGGCACUGCAGGCACCUCGGAGCCCAUCGGGCUGUCCGAGGCUGCUGGUGGCGAGGUGCUGCCGCAGGCGUCCGUGGGCACGAACAGCUGUGCGGUUGCUGCAGAGGCCGUGGCUGAGCAGGACGCCUGCGCGGACCUCUCGGCGGAUGCCCUGCGGGAGCGCCACUCGGAGCCGAGCCCGACCGCGCCCGAGGAGGCCUCGGGCCAAUGGCGGUCGGCAUCGGACGAGCUCCGAGGCGCGACGUCAGCCCUCCUAAUGGACCUGGAGGCGCAGCUGGCGGCCGCGUGGGCGCGCGGGCCUCCGGAAGCAGGCGCGAGUCCGCCUCGCGUCGGCGGGCCGCUGAUGGGCCAGGACUGGCUGGGCGACACGUUGCGCCAGAUGGGCGCAGCCGUCACCGACCCGCUGUCCAGGAGCGCUCAUGCACAGGAGGCCGCCCACGGCCAGACGGUGGAGCAGAUCAUGGAGUGUGGUUUCACGCGCCAACAGGCCAUGGAGGCGCUCAAGCGCACCAGCUCAGUGGAGGCCGCCGUGGAGUGGAUCUGCAACAACGCCGCCUGA